AUGGGUGCUUGCAUCUUGGGUGCUGUGAUAUCAGGCAUACUCAUAUACGGAAUAAAGCAGAACCGACAUUCUAUGUUGCUGCCCUGGUUGGUGUUACAUGCUUUUGGCGUUGUACUCCUCUGUUACCAAUUGUUGAUAAGCUUGUGGGACCUUAUUGCUGGUUCACACAACUUCCUAAAUUUCUUGUUCACAGUAUUUUCUAACGGAUUGCAUAUCUACAUUUAUUAUGUAAUAUACUCACUAUACACACAUAUGAAAAUGGAUAUCGGAAUGGGUCGUGUAUUUACUCCGCCUUCAGCAGCAGCCGUACCAUUGCAACAAACCGUUCCCACCGCAUAUCCCCCCAACGCCGCAUAUCCCCCCAACACCGCAUAUCCCUCCAACGCCGCAUAUCCUCCCAACGCAUAUCCAACUACCUACCCCACCUAUAAUAAGGUAUAAGUUCGGGAAACCUCGUCUUUGUUACAUGUAUCGCCACUUAUGGAAGCUUACUCAUCGUGAUUCCGAUCACCUUAAAAGGACACCAAAUAAGAGAAUAUCUAAUAUUGACGUAUAUUUACACCGCGAAUAUUUUUAUUAAUGUCACUUCUUAGCAUUUAAAAAACCUAAAGUCAAAGACCAACAAAUAUAAUUAACUUACUCACUGCAUACUAACUAUAUUGUCCUUUAUUAGAUUCAAUUAAAUAAUAUUAAUAACACCAUUGUUUAUACGUUUAUGG